AUGGCGACGUCGCGAUACCAACCAGCCGAUCUGCGACGCCAGAUCGGCUCCCCAAGACCCAAGGGACGCGGUUCGUACCCUCUCGAUCCCAACCCAACACCCCGCGAUUCCAUUCGAGCUGACCCAGCCCUACCAGAGAAUAAGGAUACACUAUGUCGAAACGUUCUCAUCUACGGUCACUGCCGAUACGAGGAUCAAGGUUGCGCAUUCAGCCACGACCAAAACAAAAACAAUUCAAACUCGGAAACUUCCAAGAAGACGUUGAACGUUGAUUCACCGUCAUUUACACCUGCAGGGCUCGGCAAGAAGCCCACAUUCUCGUCGCAAGCUGCAAGUGCUCCAGCUUUCACUCCACGUGGUUUAGGCACAGCCACCCCUGUCGGGCCCGAGAACGAUGGCAGUGUGUUCAAUCCUGCGGCUAUCCGCGAAUUUACCCCAACAUUCGACAUUUCUACUACGACAAACGGUUCCGCUCAAGAUAGCGGACUAUCCUAUGACCCCUUUACAAUGCCGCCAGUAAAUCCAGGCCUUUCCACACCUCAGUUCAACCCCUAUGCCGAAGAUCACGGCGCCCUCGGUGGCCAUGGACCUGGCUAUUUCCCGCCGCAAAACGCCUUCACGACACCGCUUGAACCCCUUCAACAUCACCUCUAUUUCCCUGUUGGCCCGAAGCGGGAUGACCUGAUGCCGUAUCAUCGUGUGCCGCAUGACUUCUUUCUUCCCGAGAAGGAGCGGCAGGAGAUUGCGAGGAAGCUUGAGGCUGCCGGCCAGGUUCUCCCCAAUUCACAGCUGCCACAACUAGAUAACUAUCACAACUUGGUUCCCCUGGACACGACACACCGCAAAAACGCCAACAUCUUUGGAUAUCCUAGUUGGAUUUACAAGGCCACGGCCACCAAGACUGGCCACAUCUAUUGCUUGAGGCGGCUCGAAGGUUACCGCUUGACCAACGAGCACGCGAUCCGACAGGUCAAGGAAUGGCGCCGCAUUAGCAACGGCAACGUGGUCUCGAUAUUAGAUGCAUUUACGACCCGUGCAUUUGGCGACAGCUCCCUCAUCUUCGUUCAGAACUACUUUCCACUUUCAAAGACCCUUGUCGAGGCCCAUCUAUCUCCAACUCCUACCCACAGCAACCGUGUUCCCGCAAAAACACCCAUUCCCGAGAACACCCUCUGGGGCUACAUAUCGCAAAUCGCCAACGCUCUCCAAGCUAUCCACUCAGCCAACCUCGCAGCUCGAUGCAUCGAUCCUAGCAAGAUCAUCCUGACCGACAAGAACCGCAUCAGAUUGAGCGCCUGUUCCAUUCUGGAUGUUGUGCAGUUUGACGCUCGCCGGCCAAUCCAGGAUGUACAACAAGAGGACUUUAUCCAAUUUGGCCGACUAUUGCUAUGCCUCACGACCAACACGCUACCGAUUCAUCUUACUAACCUGAAGAUAUCUAUGGAGCAAAUGAGCAGGACAUACUCCGUUGAGAUGAGAGACACCAUCUUGUGGCUGCUUACACCGCAGCAGCCCCCCGCGCAAAAGGGAAUUGACGAAUUCGUACGCGGAAUUGCCGGCCGGAUAACAUCCACGUUCGACAUGAACCUGCAGGCUUUGGAUAAGGUCAACGCAGAUGUGAUGCGGGAGGUAGAGAACGGCAGGGUGGCGAGGCUGAUGAUGAAGCUGGCCACCAUCAACGAGCGAUACGAAUUCAACGGCGACCAGAACUGGUCCGAGAACGGCGAACGAUACAUACUCAAGCUAUUCCGGGACUACGUUUUCCACCAAGUUGACAGCAACGGCAACCCAGUCCUCGACAUGGGUCACAUGCUCCGUUGCCUGAGCAAGUUGGAGGUCGGGACGGAAGAGCGCAUCUGUCUAACCAGCCGAGACGAACAAACGAGCUUUCUUGUCAGCUAUAGGGAGCUGAAGAAAAUGCUAACGACUUCAUUUGGCGAGCUUGCCAAGGCAAGCAAGUCAGGAGGUCGAGGAUUUUAG